UCUGCUCACUGCCUCAGUCACAGCUCUGUGACAUCCUUCCUUCAGGGAUUUCCACUUUUAUUCUUUUUCUCUUUUUAUUUUCUUCUGUCACUCGGGUCCGGACUGAAGCGGCCGGUGACCGGGUGUCUGAGAAGCUUCACUGACACACACAACCGGCUGCUGCACGUCAUGACAGGCGAAAAAUCCAUCCCCAUAAUAAAUGGAAAAGCAGAAGAAAGCAUGGACCCCGAAGCGGCAAACCCCAGCGCAGUGCGGAGCAACGAUAAGAAGGUGGUGAAUGAGAGAGGACAGUGGAAUAAUAAGGUGGAGUUUGUGCUGUCAGUGGCUGGAGAGAUUAUUGGCCUCGGAAACGUCUGGAGAUUCCCAUAUCUGUGUUACAAGAACGGCGGAGGCGCUUUCUUCGUGCCGUAUGUCAUCUUCUUCGUCUGCUGUGGGAUCCCAGUCUUCUUCCUGGAAACAGCAUUAGGUCAGUUCACCAGUGAAGGAGGCAUCACGUGUUGGAGAAAAGUCUGCCCACUGUUUGAAGGCAUUGGCUAUGCGACCCAAGUCAUUGAAGCACACUUGAAUGUGUAUUAUGUGGUAAUAUUGGCAUGGGCUAUUUUCUACCGUUCAACUGCUUUACAAACAGAGCUGCCCUGGGCUUCAUGUGGCCACUAUUGGAACACAGAAAACUGUGUGGAUUUUAACAAUGAAAGCAUUGCCAACUUCACCAACCCAUAUUCCACAUCACCAGUCAUGGAGUUUUGGGAACGCCGCGUUCUCAAAAUAUCCUCUGGAAUUGAAGAAGUCGGCGGCCUUCGCUGGGAACUCGCUCUCUGUCUUGCUAUAGCCUGGGUCAUAUGUUAUUUCUGCAUUUGGAAAGGUCCCAAAUCAACGGGAAAGGUGGUGUACGUCACUGCAACCUUUCCGUAUUUCAUGCUGUUGAUCCUCCUUCUCCGAGGAAUCACGCUGCCUGGAGCCGCUAAUGGAAUAAAGUUCUACCUGUAUCCCGAUAUCUCUCGACUCUCAGACCCUCAGGUAUGGGUGGAUGGCACGCAGAUCUUCUUUUCAUAUGCUAUAUGUCUGGGUUGUUUAACAGCUCUCGGCAGCUACAACAGCUACAAACACUGCUACAGGGACUGCCUCAUGCUCUGCUGUCUGAACAGUGGCACCAGUUUUGUGGCAGGAUUUGCCAUCUUUUCUGUCCUGGGCUUUAUGGCGUAUGAACAGAACGUACCCAUUGAGGCAGUAGCAGAGUCAGGUCCUGGUCUAGCGUUUAUAGCGUAUCCUAAAGCUGUGACCAUGAUGCCAUGGGCUCCGCUAUGGGCUGCACUCUUCUUCAUGAUGCUCAUCUUCCUCGGACUCGACAGUCAGUUUGUGUGUGUGGAGAGUCUUGUGACGGCCAUUGUGGAUAUGUACCCCAAAACCUUCCGCGUGGGCUACCGGAGAGAGCUGCUCAUCCUGGGCAUGUCGGUGACUUCAUUCUUCCUGGGUCUAAUCAUGCUGACGGAGGGUGGUAUGUAUGUGUUCCAGCUGUUUGACUCAUAUGCAGCCAGUGGCAUGUGUCUGUUGUUUGUUGCCAUCUUUGAGUCCAUCUGCAUUGGCUGGGUCUACGGCAGCGACAGAUUUUAUCUGAACAUUGAGGACAUGAUUGGAUAUAAACCCAUCUUCUUCAUCAAGUGGUGCUGGAAGUUCUUCACCCCGGGCAUCUGCACAGGCAUCUUCCUCUUCUUCUUGAUCAAGUAUAAGCCGCUGAAGUAUAAUAAUGUGUACACAUAUCCAGACUGGGGUUACGGCAUCGGCUGGAUGAUGGCGAUGUCCUCGAUGGUCUGCAUCCCUCUGGGAAUCUUAUUUCAGAUCUGGAAAACUAAAGGAACGUUCCGGGAGCGGAUCAAGAAGCUGACGACCCCCAGUGCAGACCUGCGUAUGAGGGGCCGCGUGGCCUCCAGGGGUCCCUGCGCUAUCAAUGACGCUGAUGCCAAAUUGAGGGCGGACGGCAAGAUCUCCACCAUCUCAGAGAAGGAGACGCACUUCUAAACCCAAGACACACUCGUCACCAGCACAACAGACAGAACAGAGAAGAAACAAAUAUGUUUGCCUUUAUUUUUAAAGAGAGAAAUCUAUUAUCACAUUUGUAGCGUCGAUUUUGUUUUGUUUUUUUUGUGUUGCACAAACAAACAGGUAACGCAUCACAAUUUAACGUCAUGAUUAAACACUGUGUUGUAUCAGAGUGUAUCUAAAUCUAGAGGAAAGAAACUGUCUUUGUCACAUUAGUGGUUUCUGCGCUGAAGAAUGAAGGUAUGAUGUAGGGCUGCACAGUAUUGCAAUGUUUUGAUUUUCUGCCAUUUUCUGCAUUGCGAUAUAAAUGCAGGCUUUCUCCAUGUCAAAUUGAAGACUUUUUAAGACCUUUUUAAGACUAUUAUGAAGGAAAUUUCAGACUUAUAGGGCAAAACGCUAAGGGUUUUUUCUAAUGGGCAGUGGAAAAUACUUUUACUCGCCCCAAUAAAAUUCAAACACAUAUUUUUCCAAACAUAUACUUAUAAACAAAUGUUAUUGCAAGAAAGAUAACUAAACCAAAUUGCUAAAUAAAGUUAAUAAAGGUCAUUUAUGUUAAACUUUUUUUUUUAGAUGAAUUGUUGGUUGUACCAACUGAGUAGCUUUACAUGGACAAUGGGGAAUUAUGACCUGUUUAAAAUGAUUUAAGACCCACAACACCAUAUUUCAGUGAAUUUAAGUAUUUAAGACCCCGCGGACACCCUGUAAAUAUAAUUUUAGCACAUUAGCUCAAUUUCGAAAUAAGUCAUGGUUUAUUAUAGAUUGGCAUGAGUUCGCAAGACAAAAUCUGCACACAGUAAAUGAAAUAAACAAGUGUUUUCUGCAGAAUCUAAUCAGAAAUUGAAUAAUCAAAUGCAAAUAAAUACGAUUGCAUAGAUUGAAUAAAAAUAGAUACAAAUGAUCUUUGUUAAGGCGACGCAGUGGCGCAGUAGGUAGUGCUGUCGCCUCACAGCAAGAAGGUCGCUGGUUUGAGCCUGGGCUGGGUCAGUUGGCAUUUCUGUGUGGAGUUUGCAUGUUCUCCCUGCGUUCGCGUGGGUUUCCUCUGGGUGCUCC